CGACGAACAAAUCGACGAAACGAUUGGAGAAGCGAUUGGACAGGCGGACGACCACGCUUCAUCAAGACCACCAUAGAAGCAUCCCACUCUUUUCGGUAGCAAAAGCCUUCUUGCCAGCUUCAGAUCGCCUCGGGCAUUGCUACAAGGAGCCAACGAUUGUUUCCCCAGUCUUACUCCUUUCCCUGGAGCACAGGUUAUAGUCGCAGGCUUGGCUGCAAGGCCUAACGACUACUUCAGGGUGCCGGCCAUGAGGAUGGUGCUCGACCUCGUCGUCUACAUUGGGAUGAUCGUGGCGCUGAGUACAUUUGUGCUCUUCCACUCACAGGCCGAGAAAUCUUAUGUCGAGGGUUCCACCGAUGAACAAGUCGUGUUCAGGACGCUCGACUGGCCUGAGGCCACUUGCGCGAAGAUCUUCAUCGUGGGUGGAGUGUUCCAGGAGGGACGCGAGAUGGCAAGAAACUUCGGCCGAUAUUGUGAAGACCAGUGGAAUGCUCUGGACUUGCUGAGCCUUCUGUUCUUGACCGUCGGUUUGGUCGGAAGAGUUGUAGACUGGAAAAGCCAAUUGGGGCCCGCGUUUUAUGCGCUUGCCGCCCCACUGUUGGUAUCCCGCGCCCUGUUCUUCGUCCAGAUCCAUCCUCUCCAAGGCCCGAUAAUUCAGGCAAGUGGCGAAUUCAGGCAAGUGGCGAAACGAAACGUUUCCCACAGCGUAGUGUUUCGCAUGACGAGGAUCCUGCUCAAGUUCGGGUUCGUCAUGGCGGUUAUAUUGCUGGGGUUCAUCAUGGCUUUCCAUGUCCAGUUCCGCGACUUCGACAGCUUCGGCGAGUCGUUUCUGGACUUGUUCAAAGCCAUGCUAGGUGACAAUGACUUUUUCAAGGUAUUCUCGGGAGACACGUACGACUUUGUGGCGACGUUCUUGCUUGUGGUGGGUCUCUUCAUCGUGACGGUUAUGCUCCUCAACCUCCUCGUUGCUAUUCUGAGCACCUCGCACGCUCAGGUAGCGGAAAAUAUCGAUCGCGAGUUCAAGGUAUCGAUCGCGCGGAUGAUGGAUCACUACCAGUUGGUCGUGACGAACGACAUGCUUCCGACCCCGUUCAACUUGCUGCAGCUGGUCGUAUGGCCGAUUGCUUGGUGCCUGCACGGGUGUUGUGGACGCAAUAGCGGCGUGUCUGGAAACACACAACAAACCCGCAACCGUUCAAAGGAAGCAUACGCAUGCGGGAGCAAAGCCAUUGAACCAGUGGUGUUCUGGGUCGUGCUGGGUCCCGUAGCUGUCAAUGGAGGAAGUCUCCUCUGGAUGGAAUCUGUGUUGCCUGCGAUGUAUUUUUGGCGCAAGCACCACCGACUCCAGAACAAGAGGGAAAAUGGUGGAGGCGACAGCAAGAAGAGCAUGCACCUUUGGUCGCUGUUUCUUCGGUAUAAUGUGAUCAUCCCGUGCUGGUGUGUUUUUGGCGCUCCGGUUUAUCUCCUCUUGUUGUGGCUGAACGCAUCUGGACGGGUGUUGUCUCGCUGCCCUUGCAAUGACGAUGCCAGCAGUACAGCAAAAUCCCGACACGGUGCUAGUAAAUCUACAAUAGAGAGCAUGCUGUUGAAAAGCCCUGGAGGAGUAGGAGCGCAAAAGUUGCGCGAAUUCCUUGACGACCCCAUGGAUGACAAGGACGUGCGCCAGGAUGAGAAGGACAGACGCACCACGGUGGAGCACAUCAAACUUCUUCGGAAUCGCCUGGAGAAUACCUCCAAAGAGCAGCUAAAGGGGCUGGAAGAAGCACUGCAUCAGCGGAUGAUGAAGGAGUUCGGACUUUCGGUGCAAGCGAGGGUUGGAGCAUGUACGACUAAGAGGGAUGUUGGUACAAACACCUAGCUAAAGUUGGUGAGGCGUUCAUUGCCAAGUGUGAGCCGCAAUACUACACGAGAUUGGUGCGGUGUGUAAUGAAUAUCUGCAUCUAUCUUGCUUUGUAUAUUUGCAUUGACCUGUUCCUCUGUUGUGACUUCGAUUAAUGUAAUGUAAUGCCCGGAACAGUAAUCAGUUCUACUGCAGGUGUGUGAAGAUAGCACUGGCAGCACCAGCACACCACAUGCAACAACUUUCGUAUUCUCCAGUCAUUUCUUGUCGUUCGGCAGAGU